UUGUGGUAGCUUUAUCAAAAGACGACAAGGACUGACGUUCAUUUCUUUUACUUGCAUUGUAGCUGCAGUGCAGACAGUCAUGGAAAACCUUGAUGAUUUACAUGAUGCCGGUGCUAACGAAACAGACCUGAUAUUUCUAAAGGGCAUCAUGGAUAGUCCUGUCGUCAAAUCAUUGGUUAAGGCACAUGACAGACUGGAAGACAACAAAAUCAGAGCUGUGCGAGACAACAACGGUGAACUCGUCCAAGAUCUGCUAUAUGAUCUCAGAAACGCCAUCCACUAUAACGAUGAUGCCGCUGAAUUAGCCGGCCUCCUACAAGAACCUCAUUUCCAGUCUUUAAUAGAAACACAUGAUGCAGUAGCAGCAAGAUCAUACGAGACGCCACCACCAUCGCCAGUUUUAUUGAGUUCUCCAUAUCCACCUAUGUACAAUGGACAGGGUUUAGCAGAUGCCGUUCGUAUGGUUGGCAUAAGAAAAUCACCACAUGAAUCAUUGGGGUUGACGGUGAAGCAAGACAAAGACUCGCUGAUCAUUGCAAGAAUACUCCAGGGUGGAUCUAUUGAUAAACAAGGUCUGUUACAUGUUGGUGAUAUAAUCACGGAAAUUAACAAUGUUGAUGUAUCCAACGAUCCUGAGAAAUUACAAGAAAUUAUGAAAGAUUCAACGGGUAGCAUUACAUUAAAAAUAUUACCAAGUUAUCAAGAAAAUCCUAUAACAUCACAGGUCUUUAUGAAAUGUCAUUUUAACUAUGACUAUGAGAAAGACAAUCUAAUCCCAUGCAAGGAAGCUGGGUUAAAGUUCAAACGUGGAGAUAUCCUACAAAUAGUUGACAUGGACGAUCCUAACUGGUGGCAGGCACGUCAUAUUGACGACAACUCACCCGCUGGACUAAUUCCAAGUCAGCAAUUAGAAGAACGAAGAAAAGCAUUUGUACCACGUGAAUUUAAGUAUACAGAAAAUUUAACAUGUGGUACGUUCGUUUCCAAGAAGAAAAGAAAAACCAUGUAUCAGUCCGACAGAAAUCAGGACUUUGACCGUCAUGAACUGAUGAUAUAUGAGGAGGUCGCAAGAAUGCCACCGUUUCAGCGUAAAACACUUGUACUUAUCGGUGCUCAGGGAGUCGGGAGACGAACACUGAAAAAUAAAUUAAUUAAUCAUGAUCCCAAUCGCUUUGGGACAACGAUGCCAUAUACCUCAAGAGCUCCCAGGGAAGGUGAAGAAGAUGGUCGCGGUUAUCACUUCAAUUCGAAGGAGACUGUACAAGAUGAUAUCAAGUGCGGCCAAUAUUUGGAAUUUGGCGAAUAUGAAGGAAAUUUGUACGGAACUAAAAUUGAAUCAAUACGCGGCGUAAUCAGGUCCGGUAAAAUGUGCGUCAUAGAUGUCAAUCCUCAGUGUUUAAAGACUUUGAAGACUGCAGAAUUCAUGCCAUACAUCGUGUUUGUCAAUGCGCCGCAGUUGGACGUUCUCAGAGCUUUGCAUCAUGAAGCUGAAAAAAUGGGAACAACUACAAAGCCAGUCACUGUGAGUUGAUAUAUUAACAACUUAAGGAGUGUGAGAA